CUCCGCCCCGCCCACCGUAGCUGCGCCCGGCUCUUCCCACCGGCUCCCCGCUGCAGGCCACGGCCGAGGGGCGGGGCGGCCGGGAGGAACCGCGUUCAGGAGCGGGAGGGAGAUCCGCCGCCGAGUUAAGGGAAAGUUGGUCCAAGUUCCCGGGAGUUUCCCCGUGUGGUACCCCGCGUUCGGCCGGCUGCUCCCGGGCUCCUUUCCUCCCUACGGCCUUCACGGUCCAUUCGGCCCCUCUUUCUGCCACCGGCCGCCAUGGAGCAGCCGCCGGCGCCCAAGAGUAAGCUAAAAAAGCUGAGUGAAGACAGUUUGACUAAGCAGCCUGAAGAAGUUUUUGAUGUAUUGGAGAAGCUCGGAGAAGGGUCUUAUGGAAGUGUUUUUAAAGCAAUACAUAAGGAAUCUGGUCAAGUUGUUGCAAUUAAGCAAGUACCUGUUGAAUCAGAUCUUCAGGAAAUAAUCAAAGAAAUUUCCAUAAUGCAACAAUGUGACAGUCCGUACGUGGUGAAGUACUACGGCAGUUACUUUAAGAACACAGACCUCUGGAUUGUGAUGGAGUACUGUGGAGCCGGUUCCGUCUCAGACAUAAUCAGAUUACGGAACAAGACAUUAACAGAAGAUGAAAUUGCAACUAUUCUAAAAUCCACAUUGAAAGGAUUAGAAUAUUUGCAUUUUAUGAGGAAAAUACACAGAGAUAUAAAAGCUGGGAAUAUUCUCCUCAAUACAGAAGGACAUGCAAAGCUUGCAGAUUUCGGAGUGGCUGGCCAGUUAACCGAUACAAUGGCAAAACGCAACACUGUAAUAGGAACUCCAUUUUGGAUGGCUCCUGAAGUAAUUCAAGAAAUAGGUUACAACUGUGUGGCUGACAUCUGGUCCCUUGGCAUUACUUCUAUAGAAAUGGCAGAAGGAAAACCUCCUUACGCUGAUAUACAUCCUAUGAGGGCUAUCUUUAUGAUUCCUACAAACCCACCACCAACAUUCAGGAAACCCGAACUUUGGUCUGAUGACUUCACCGAUUUUGUGAAAAAAUGCUUAGUGAAGAGUCCUGAGCAGAGAGCCACUGCAACACAGCUGUUACAGCAUCCUUUUAUCAAGAAUGCAAAACCCGUGUCGAUAUUAAGAGACCUGAUCACAGAAGCCAUGGAAAUCAAAGCCAAGCGGCAUGAAGAACAGCAGCGGGAGGAGGAGGAGGAGGAGAACUCGGAUGAAGAUGAGCUGGAUUCGCACACUAUGGUGAAGACUGGUUCGGAAAGUGUCGGCACAAUGCGGGCCACCAGCACGAUGAGCGAAGGGGCCCAGACGAUGAUUGAACAUAACAGCACCAUGUUAGAGUCGGACCUGGGGACCAUGGUUAUAAACAGUGAGGAGGAGGAGGAGGAGGACGGCACUAUGAAGAGAAAUGCAACGUCACCCCAAGUACAAAGACCUUCUUUCAUGGACUACUUUGAUAAGCAGGACUUCAAGAACAAGAGUCAUGAAAAUUGUGAUCAGAGCAUGCGUGAGCCAUGCCCUAUGUCAAACAGUGUUUUUCCUGACAACUGGAGAGUUCCUCAAGAUGGAGACUUUGAUUUCUUAAAAAAUCUCAGUUUAGAAGAACUGCAAAUGCGGCUAAAAGCACUGGAUCCCAUGAUGGAACGAGAAAUAGAAGAACUGCAUCAAAGGUACAGUGCGAAAAGACAGCCCAUCCUGGACGCCAUGGAUGCAAAGAAGAGGAGGCAGCAGAAUUUCUGACCAGACUCCCUCUGUCUCAGUGUGACCGGAGACCAGGCAACCACAAGAAUUGAGGGAAUUGUAAUACUUUUUAAUCCCUAAAAUGUAUAUUCAACAAUUUUUAAAACUCAAAAAUGAUGGUACACACCUAGAUAAACUUCCCAAAAGCGAACUUUACAGUUGUCUCCACUGUAACAUCGUGUUGAAAGGAUGACAACCAUACUCAUGUACACUUCUCUCUCUGCCAGCCACUAACCUGCGACAAAACCAACCUAAAAUCAGAGCUGUGUGUGGAGACGGUGGGAGUCCAAAGCUGUUGCUUAGUUCAUGGCGCAGCACUGGAGGGCUUUGUGUUACGAUGUUCUUCAUGCCUAUGGAGAAGCCUAUUUAUUGACCCCCCCCCCAGGUAGACUUAUUUAUUUAUUCAGUUUCACUUUUUUGGUUUUUUUUUUUUUUUUUUUAAGACAAGAUCAAGAUAGUUUUGGUGAAUGUCCAGAGACAUUGCAGAUUAUAACACACAACCAAAUUGUACACUAAGCAGGGAGCUCUGGGUGUAUUCCUUCAUCUCCAGUAGAAACAAAGCUGUGACUGCCAUAAUGUCCAAAUGGACCAGACAUUUUUAUACUGAAGAUUUAAUACCAUUUUUACCUUUUGAAGUAGCAGUUCUUGAUUUUGAUAUUGGUUUAAAAAAAAAAAAACUAUAUAUACAUAGGUCAAAAAGAGUACAGUGUAAAACCAAAGAAAUCAACGAAUUCUUGCACAAAAAAAAAGUGUGGGAAAUAUUUUUAAAGACAUGAAACCUGAGAAGACAGUGUGAUUGUUAAUGUUUCUUUUAUUGGUCUGCAGUGACCUCCUCAAGUUUAUCUGUGGUAGUAUGCUCUGUCACAGGACUUCUUGUUGAUUUCACUAUUUCCUGGGAAUUGGGAAGCAUCAUGUAUCUGACAAUAAAACUGUAAAAACCAUUUAUACUAAACUGUGUGUCAUUAGGGCCUAAGAAAGUAUUAAAAAAAGCAUUAGAGAAAGACUCGUUUCUGAGGAACAUUAGCAUUUGUGUAAUUGACCUGGGACCAGUCACUUCCUGUACUACACAAGGCCAUUUUGUCAGUGUGUGUGUUCUUUUAUGUGUUAAUUACUAUGUAUGCAUCACAAAGACAAAUAAAUUCCACUGUGCCACCCA